GAAAUGCGACUGCGUGAGUUACGCUCAGUAUACUUGUCAACUCUAUUUUAGUCUCCGUAUGGUGCUACGAAAAAGAGGACCUUCAAAAAAAAAAAAAGAACUGUUCACGGCACAUCCUUAAAUUACUUUAAUCUUCGCGCAAGAAUGGAAUACAACUUAAAAAUAAUUGUCUGAUCUUCCUAAUGUCGAAUAGUCCGAUGCAGAUGAAAUUUUGUGCGUAUGUAACGUCGUGUAACGCAGAUCGUCACUGGCCGCGUACGACAUGAAUGCCAGGAUUUCUGCUGCUGUGCGCUGCAGGAUAAUAUCGGCUUUCAACCUAACGUUAAAUUUCGGCAUCGACUGUGUAUACUACUAAAAAAGUCAAUUGAAUGCAGCUAAGACUGUUUUAAUAUAAAGGACACAGCUGUGACAACGUCACAAUUAAGAAGCGUACAAAUGCCUUUCCCAUUAAUUUAUUGUUUAUUAGAGAUAUAAAUAUGCUUUGAAGGCAGUGAACAUGUUUUAUGUGCAAAAAAUCUAACUAGUACUUUAGUAAACUAAAUAAGUGUUAAAAUGAUGGAACCCGAAAAAUGGCAAAUACGAAUAUAUUUGUGUUUACUAUUUGUCACUUUGUCAUAUUCAAAUCUGGGAAAGAUGACUUCAUCUCAAAAUCACUUUGGGAGUACCGUGCAGAGUCAAUUCAAUACCAAAAAUAAUACCCGUGUCAUCGCUCAGAAAGGAGGUCUCGCUAUUUUGCCAUGUGUUGUUAAAGUAAACUCGCCGGCAACGGUUUCUUGGAUACGAAGAAGAGAUUUUCAAUUGCUCACAGUCGGUUUAUCAACGCAUAGCAGUGACAAACGUUUUUUGGUUGAGCAUACACGUCAUAUGGGCCAUUGGUCGCUAAGAAUAAAGGCUGUCAGAGAGGAGGACAAAGGGUUUUAUGAGUGUCAAUUGUCAAUUUACCCUACGCAAUCAAUUUUUAUAGAAUUAAAAAUAGUUGAAGCGGUUGCUGAAAUAUCGAAUGCUUCCGAUAUUCUUAUUGACGAAACUUCAACCCUUCAACUACAAUGUAAACUGAAGGGUGCCACGGAGAAUCCUUCUUUUGUAUUUUGGUAUCACGAAAACAAAAUGGUUAACUAUGACGCCCAGGGCGGCUUUGUUGUGACAUCCGUUACAGAAAAUUCACUUCAUAGUCAAGAAAAUGGACAGGGCUUUCCGUCUAAAGCAAUUGGUGGAAAAACUAAAGUAUUUCGAGGAACAACGGAUUUCAAUGCCAGCAGUGCUAUUGCCACUAGUGAUGCGGGCCCUUCUAUUUAUACUUCACCUACGACCCCAUUGUCGACAUUACAAGUACAGCAACACAAAUCCCCGUAUCUUCCAAAUUCGUCAAUGAGCGUGCUUACCAUAAAAACUGUCACAUUUCAUCAUGCUGGCAACUACACCUGUGCGCCCUCAAAUGCGCGGCCGGCAAGCAUUACGGUCCAUGUCCUAAGAGGAGAGAAACCAGCCGCUAUGCAACAUGCAAACCGAAGUAUUCUCGAUGGCGAAAAUAAUUCUAAUAACACUGUUGGCCUAAACAGUAUAAAAGGAUUUAAUGGUACAAACAGUCUUGUCAUUACUGUGCCGUCACUUUUUUUAUUUAUUCUAUGUGUAUUAGGAAAUUUGCUAUCUGUGUUCCACUUACAAAAUGUUAAUAGCUGAAACUGUUCGUAAAUAGUAAUUUUAGUCAGUUGACUUUGGCAAUUGUAUUUUUAAGAAUUGUAUAUAAAUAUAAACUCAUGCAUACCAUUAUGAUAUUAAUAUUAAGAUAUAUAGUUUCAAUUGUAAAAGGACUGGCCUAUAAGCUACAAGAAUUAGCAACUGAUGUCUCCGUGUAGAAAGUAUUUCAUUGCUAGCCACUUAUAAGGUAGUAUUUUUUAAGUCAAAAGUUAUUCAUUGAUUUCUAUUCUAAAAUAUCGUCUAUUGAAUUUAAGUUAAGGUCUCAGUAUAUAAACUGUGAUAUAAUUUAACAUGCAAUAAAAAAAUAAUA